GAUUGGGACGCUUCAGGUCCUUUUUCUCUAAAGCACAGGAGAAGGAAUCGACGAGUUACCUGUUGUUCAUACAGAGCAGACUUUAUGGGCUCACGGCGAUUGAGAUGAGGUCACUGGCCUUUGAAUUGGCAGAGAAAAAUAAAAUUAAACAUCGUUUCAAUCGUCGUAAGAAGCGUGCAGGUCCAGACUGGCUCCAGGGAUUUGUAAAAAGGGGUCGAUUGCUGUCACUUCGCAAACCACAAGCAGCAUCUGCUGACCAUGCACAUCGCUUCACGCGAGAGGCUGUGGAUGAAUUCUUUGAAUUGUACCUAGAGAUUUUCGAUGAAUACAAUUUGUCUGCCGACAGAGUUUGGAACGUCGACGAAGUCGGUAUGAUGACCGUACCGAAAUCACUUCCAAAGAUCCUCGCCAGGAAGGGCCAAAA